UUAAAACUUGAGGGCUCGCCGCUCCGAGGCUCGUCUGCGCCGCUCGGACGUCGGCGAGGAGAGAAAGAGCAUGGCCAGCCUGCGGGGCUUGAGUUUGUGGGCGCUGCUGGUGGCGCUGGCGACGCCCGGGAGUGGUUCCCCUCACGGGGGGCUCCUCUUCCCCUUCGGCUCGGAGCGAGGCGACGCCGAGCUGGAGGCUGGGGACGACUCACAUUCCCCGCCUCUGGAGCUCAGCACCGCGCUGCGCUUCUACGGCUCCAGCGUCGACUCCCUCUAUGUUCUUACUAAUGGCAUCAUUGCAGUAAGUGAGCCAUCAAGGGACGAAGAUAACCCUGGUCAGCUUCCGGUCAGUUUUGGAGGUAUCGCUCCCUUUUAUGCUGAUUUGGAUACUACAGGCGGACAUGGGAAAGUGUACUACAGGGAAGAUUCAUCCCCAGAUGUCCUCCAGCUUGCUGCUCAGUAUAUUAAAAGGGGCUUUCCAGAGUCUGCCUUUGAUCCAAACAAUGUUGUCAUUGUUACCUGGGAUUCUGUGGCUCCUUAUGCAGGACCUGGAGAAGAUGUCGCUCUACAAGUGAAGAGAAACACAUUCCAGGCUGUUUUAGCGUCUUCUGAUUCGAGUUCCUAUGCUGUUUUCCUUUAUCCAGAGGAUGGUUUGCAGUUCCAUAGUACACAUACUAAAAAUAAUAAGGAAAUUAUCCCUGCUGUUGUUGGCUUCAGUCAACCCUCUACAAAUUACUUCUUAUGGGUAAAACCUGGAAUAUACAAUAUAAUUGCUAAUGAAGAAGAGUUCAUUGGAAAUCUACACAAGAGCAGCAAUUUGGGAAAACAAGGAGUCUGGGCAUUUGAGAUUGGUGGCUCAGAUAGUAUCCUGCCAGCCAAAAUCCCCGAGACUGCUACCACUGCAGAAUACAGUGACUAUGACCAGUUCCAGGAAGUGGCUACAGAACCGUCCAUAUCAGAGCAAGGUUCUAUUGAAAUAAACCAGCCGGAAGUAUCCGAAGAUAUUUUAAGCAGAGGAGAUCAGCUGCACAUUAGCUACAAUUUACCUCAGCCAGCAGAAGCAGAUGGCUUUCAGCCUCCUUAUCAAGCUUUAACAGAGCAUCCUCCAGCUGCGAAUCCGUUUCCAACAGGGAAAAGCCCACCUCUCCAGUUUCCAAACCAGCAAUUUCCCAGGCACCACACUCAGAUUAUUGAUGUAGAAGAAGAUGAUGAAACUGGAAUUGUGUUUCGUUACAGUACAGAUGUCCAGCAAAGCUGUGCAAACAACCGUCAUCAGUGUUCAGUUCAUGCUGUUUGCACAGACUAUCCAAAUGGCUUUUGUUGCAGUUGUAGUGCUGGCUACAAAGGAAAUGGCAGGCAGUGCGUAGCAGAAGGUUCUCCUCAGCGAGUCAAUGGAAAAGUCAAAGGACGGAUCUUUGUAGGGAACAAUCCAGUCCCGAUUGUAUUUGAGAACACUGACCUCCACUCUUACGUCGUGAUGAACCAUGGACGGGCAUAUACUGCAAUCAGCACAAUUCCAGAAGCUUUGGGUUUCUCCUUGCUUCCUCUUGCCUCUAUCGGAGGUGUCAUUGGAUGGAUGUUUGCUGUGGAGCAACAAGGAUAUAAAAAUGGAUUCAGCAUUACUGGUGGUGAGUUUACAAGGCAAGCUGAAGUUACAUUCCUCAACAACAAUGAAAGGGUGACCAUUAAACAAAAAUUCAGUGGAAUUGAUGAACAUGGACAUCUUACAAUCAGCACAGAAAUUGAAGGCAAAGUGCCUGAGAUCCCAUUUGGUUCUUCUGUUCAUAUAGAGCCCUACACUGAGCUCUAUCACUCUUCUAGCUCAGUUAUCACAUCGUCAUCUACUAGAGAGUAUACAGUGACAGAACCAGAAAGGGAUGGGGUGUCUCCAUCUUACACAGUUCCAUACCAAUGGCGGCAGACAAUCACAUUUGAGGAGUGCAUUCACGAUGACUCUCACCAUCCAGUUUCAGCGACUCAGCAGCUAUCAGUGGACAGUGUCUUUGUCUUGUAUAACAGAGAUGAACAAAUUUUACGAUAUGCCAUGAGCAAUUCGAUUGGUCCAAUUGAUGGUACAGGUGAUAAAAGCCGCAAUCCCUGCUACACAGGGACUCACCAAUGUGACACAAAUGCAGUUUGUCGUCCAGGAACAGGCAAUCAGUUUACCUGCGAAUGUUCUGUGGGCUUCCGAGGAAACGGACGUACAUGUUAUGAUAUAGAUGAAUGCCAGGAGCAACCAACAGUGUGCGGUGACAAUGCAGACUGUAAUAAUCAGCCAGGGACUUUCCGAUGUGAAUGUCUAGAGGGAUAUCAAUUUUCAGCUGAUGGGCGAACGUGUGUGGCUGUUGAACGUGUCGUCAAUCAUUGUGUGACGGGAACACACACUUGUGACAUCCCUCAGCGUGCUCGCUGCAUAUAUUCCGGUGGUUCUUCUUAUAUCUGUGCAUGUUUACCAGGCUUCUCUGGGGACGGACGUUCCUGCGAGGAUGAAGAUGAAUGUAAGCUGAGCCGCUGUCAUCCGGAUGCUUACUGCUAUAACACACAAGGGUCCUUCAGCUGCCAGUGUAAGGAAGGUUAUCGUGGGGAUGGUUUCCAGUGUGUGACAGGAGAACUAGAAAAGACAAAAUGUCAGCGAGAACAAGAACAAAUUUUGGCUUUUGGUCCAAGAGGAGCCAGGCCAGUUGGCUUCUUUGUUCCUCAGUGUGAUGUCUAUGGGAACUAUUUGCCAACUCAAUGCCACUCCAGCACUGGGUAUUGCUGGUGUGUAGACAGAGAUGGGAAUGAGAUUGAUGGUACCAAAAGUGGUCCAGGGAUUCGACCUCCAUGUCUGGGCACAGUUGCUCCUCCUGUUACAGUUGGACCCCCUGUAAAACCAGAUACCAUUCCUCUGCCUCCAGGAACACACUUACUCAUUGCUCAGAGUGGAAAGAUUGACCAUGUCCCCCUGGAUGGGAAUGACAUGAGGAAAUCAGAUGCAAAAGCUUUGCUGUAUGUGCCAGAUAAAGUUGUUAUUGGAGUCGCUUACGACUGCUUGGAGAAGAUGGUUUAUUGGACAGACAUAAGCAGCCCAUCUAUCAGCAGAGCAAGCCUGGGUGGAGGAGAGCCAGUAUCCAUUAUAAAAACAGAUUUGGAAAGCCCUGAAGGAAUAGCACUGGAUCACCUUGGGCGCACCAUCUUCUGGACAGAUUCUCAGCUCGAUAGGAUAGAGGUAGCAAAGUUAGAUGGUAGCCAGCGCCGAGUACUGUUUGACACUGACCUUGUGAACCCCAGAGCCAUUGUAGCAGAUCCUAUGAGAGGAAAUCUUUAUUGGACAGACUGGAACAGAGAGGCUCCGAAAAUCGAAGCCUCAUACAUGGAUGGCACAAACAGAAGGAUUCUUGUUAAAGAAGAUUUGGGACUACCCAAUGGGCUGACAUUUGACACUUACUCUUCAUUGCUGUGUUGGGUAGAUGCAGGCACCAAAAGGGUUGAAUGUAUGGAUCCCAAUCAGCUCGGUCGGCGAAAAAUCCUUGAAGGAAUCCAGUAUCCGUUCAGCAUUACAAGCUAUGGGAAGAAUUUGUUUUACACAGACUGGAGAAGAGAUGCUGUAGUAGCAGUUGACCGUACCACCUCACAGGAGACUGACAACUUCCAGCCCCAUAAACGCACUCGUCUUUAUGGAAUAACUACAGCCUUGGCUCAGUGUCCGCAAGGACAUAACUAUUGUUCGGUGAACAAUGGCGGUUGUACUCAUUUAUGCCUGGCUACUCCCGGGGGCCGUUCUUGCCGGUGUCCAGACAAUACCAUUGGAGUGGAUUGCAUAGAAAGAAACUGAGAGAUGUAGCCUGAAAUGCAUCGAGGCAGCUGCCACCUUUUGGAAAUAUACUGUCAACAACUAGUUAAAAGGCCAGUUACAUUCAAGUAAAGAUCCUAAAGAUACAGUCUCCAUGCUGCCUGCAGCUAGAAGCUACAAAGCACACAUGUUAUAACAACAGUGGCUACAUUAUGGAAUGCUGGCAUAUCUUUGCAACCUCCCCUCCCCCCCUUUAUUUUUAAAAAAGACAAGCUUAGUGAUCAGCACUUGUUAGGUAGAAUCUCUUAGUCGUAUUGUUGUACAAGCUGUAGUAUGGGAUGUUCAAAAGCACAUGAGGUCAGGAUCUCAAACACCCUGAUCCCUUGGCGUGUAAGAGUAUUCUGACCAUAUAUUUACAAAUUAGCUUUCAAUAGGUCGCCUUUAAUGCAGCUGACUUGUAAGCACCUAAAUAUAGGGGCAGAAAAGCCCAGGAAUGAGUAGGUUGAAGUGGUUGAAAUAAGGGAGAUAUUUGCAAUAAGAACCAACAACUUAAGUGAAGGAGAUCCCAUAUUGAGUAGGCUCUUAUUCUUCCUCCCCUACUGAUUUUAACCACUGUCAAUACAGUGUGCGGGAUUCACCUAAUGCCUCCCCAUUAGUGGAAGCCCUGCACAAGGGCUUCCGCUCGUGCAAGAGGGCUCCACCCCCUUCCUCUGUGAACACCACACAUGACCCUGAAAUAGGCUUUGAGGCAUUUGGGAGAACCCCCAUAACAACACCCUGAGGGAGGGAAGGAUGGGUUGUACAGAUGAAAUGCUUGCUAUGCAACAUUGAAUUCCACCCAGUAUUAUCAUUAUGCUUCACAAAAUAGAAACAAAGCAAUUUAGUACCAGAAAUUGUUUGCUAGUCUGUCUCGAUAUCACUUUAGUGGUUAUUCAGCUUUUCACUGUCUAUGUGACUUAUUGACCACUUAUACUAGCCAUGUUCCUCAGAUUUCAAUAGGACAGCCUUAGGGUAAAAUGCCACUGAAUGCCUCUGCCCUUUUUGAAUGGGCUUCUACAAAACAGCAUGAAUUUAAACUAAGGAAUGUGAUGUUUCAGAUAGAUCCUGUCAAAUAUUUUUCAUUUGCUUUUUUCUAAAAAAAUUCAUUUCUUUCGACACGUCCUUAUUUCAUACGUCUGAUAGUGGUCCAUUUCCAAAUGUUUUUGUUGUACUUUUAGAUGUACCUUACUUUAACACAUGCCAUGAGCAAUGAGGGUGGUGAAACAAGCAGAUAGCCAAAAUAUUGUCAGUAACAUUGACUUUCCUGGCUAUACAGGAAAAAAAUAGGGCCAAGGUACAUGUUUGUUGCUUGCAAGCAAAAUCAUUAGCAAUGGAAUUUGCAAAGCAGGGUGCAGGCUAAAGGCUGAUAAGCGUUUCCUAAUUCUUCUGCUAAGGCAUUUUUCAGAAGCCUUGUUUUUUCUGAUAAAGACAUCCGCAGCACAUCAAACAAACAAAAUGCAUAGUGAUCACAACUUGCUUCUAAAUAUCUAUCUUUAGAAUGCUGCAAUUCAAUUUUUAAAAAUAAUCUUUGGAUCCAAGAUGACUUUACUUGCCUGGUUACACCAUUAUUAAAGCAGAGCUAAUUUUGAGCCUUCAGCUCUGUGACAACUUUUUUCAUUUUAUAUUUAUCAUUAAAAUAUAAAGUGCUACAUUAAUUUUUUUUAAAAAAAAUGUAUAACUCUUGUACGUAUAUCUAUAAUGUGUUUAAUUCUAACCUCUAUUAGACAUGUCUGCAAACUGUAAAUACCAAAAAAUUGAGCUCAACCAAACCAAAGGUGCUGUUCAUAACUUUUCUUCCAGAGUUAUUUCAUUUUCAGGUGACAACGGAAAAAGUUUACAUGCUGUACAGCUUAUCACAUCACUGCCAAUAAAAAAGUAUGUGGGGUUUUUGUAUAAAAAAAGUUUUUUAUCCUUGCAGUAUAACACAGUGCUUUAAUAUUUUUAUAUAAAAAGUUUUCAGACAUGCUUUGCCAUCCUAUCUGUAUCUGUGUUUGCAUGUAGAUUUGCUUUCUGGCUUAAUAAUAAUACUUUUAUUACACAGCAGAUGCAAGGAAGUGCCAUACAUUACUACCAAUCUAGCAAAUUAUUUAUAUGCAGAGCUCCUAGAAAAGUCCAUGCUCAUUGAGCAUGCAAAAUCUAUUCGCAUAAAAUAUUUGUCUGUGUAUGUAAGCAGAAGAACUAUUUGCAGCAGUCUCUGGGUCUGUUCAAGGUAAUGUACAUGCUAUGUCAAAGAGAAUUCUGUAUCACCCUAGUUCUGCAAUGGACUAUAAAAUUAUAGAACCCCCUAUAGAAACAAAGUUGUUGAGAUCCAUGUGCCAGUCCUGACAAAAGCUGCCCCCUAUUUUAGGCAACAGGAAGAUGAUAGCUGAGAGACAGAUUUCUAAGAGAGGGAGGGAGCAGAAAAUGUGAUACUGUUGUGAAGGCACAAUAGAUGGUUACAAAAGUUGUUUACCUGGUACUAGUUCCAGCUUAGUGUCUUUUUAAAGAGCAUCGAGGAAGAGGAAAUUCCUGUGCCAUUCGUGGACUCUGCAGACCUUCAUUCGUGAUUGUGCUCUGUACAAUCUUGAGGUCCUGUGUCUGCUGCCCCUCCAUUAGGUAAGUCACUGCUGUCUAAUGGUGAUCCCAACACUUAUCCAUUUUAUAAGCCUGUGGAAGGUGGAGUACACUUGACUUGCAGUGUAGUUUGCAAAGACUAGUUGCUUGUAUUAAAAAACAUAGCAAAGAAGCCUAAUGAGAUAAGAGGUCAUAGACCUCAAUCACUCAUGUGAUAGAGAAGGCUAGUUAAUUACUACCAUGUCUUAGGGGAUCAUUCUAAAUGAGGAGUGACUUAUGCCUGAUGGCUUACGUUACUGUAGUGGUGUAGAAACAAUUUACACUAGAAACAUUCAAUAUUCUAGCAAUAUCUAAGAAGGAACCGUGAGAGUUGACCAAAUGACAUGCCAUUGGUGCUAGACGCCAGGAUAAUUAGGUACAGUGCUGGAAUUGUGGCAUUUGGGUCAUGUACUGUUUUAUAGAAAUGACACAUGAUGGGACUGUAACACUUGCAUUCUUUGAUGAUGUAUGAAUUAGGCCUAAGAACCUUAGAUUGGUGUUCAGCACAGCUCACAAUUUUACAUUUCUAAGUCCCAGCAAUCUAGGGCUUGAGCACCUUCUGAAAAGCCUCCUUCCAGGCAAGUUCCUCCUUGCUUACACAGAUCUGCAGGAUAGAUGUUGUUCCAUGGCCUGCCCUUAACAGCUGUGAGGAAUACGAGGUCACAGGUGUGUACCUUUCCUGCACAAGCAUCAAUAUCUAUGCUUUACAAUAUCAGCUGUUGUUUCCAAAACUAAUCAAAGCCUAGCUGUUCAGGGAAGCGAAUGUAAUUAGAUUUGAGCUUUUGCCAUUUGCUGUUGUCUAUGAGAAUAUUCUUCUGCCUGUAUUUCAUGUGUAUUUACAUUUUUUGAAGAAAAAACCAGAACAUUUUUUGCCAUUUUUUAUACUUUGUUUUUAGUAUGUUGCAUGGUGCUUUGUCUGUCACUUAGGCAACUGAGAGUGCAGCACAGAACUGUAUGAAUAAAUAAAUGCUGGCAUUUGUGCAGCCUGCUAAAGGCAACUAUGGGAUUGCAAAUGCUUAGCACCAAAGCCUCCUCAAAUCCCACAAGCAAAGCAAAUGAUAGCCUGCAGUCAGCUCCAUGUUGGUAUUUGGUAUGCCUCGGAUUUCAGAAUGAUUGAAAAUUGCCCCCAGAAGAAAGGGAAUAAUCUAAAUUGCUGUGAAACUGUUUGGACUGGCACUCUCCCAUGCACUGGGGAAAUACUAAGCAAUAAAUGUUAACGGUGCUGUA